AACUUGUUACCUCUCCAGAGCUCACAGUGCCCUUCCUCACCCCUGAUGUGUUACUGUUCUGCGUAAAGAAAAAGCGACAGUGUUUGGGCUCGCUUUGGAUUAUAGCUGAUAAAGCACAGUUACGGAAUUUGCUACAGAAAAACAGGAGAAAAGGGGCGUGGAUGUGUCCUGAACCAGUUACGUGUAUUUGUGUGUGAGAAAGAGAAAGACUGUCUGUCCGUGUAUGUGUGAAUUUACCAGACCCAGUACAGUGAGAGUGUACGCGUGAGGGCACUCUUGGGGGCGGAGCUCCACAAAGGGGCAGAGUUUCCAGGAGGAAGCCAGACAAACAUGAGCAAAUUGACGUUCCACAACAACAAGACCAUGCAGGAUCGCCGUUGUGUGUGUGUGUUUCUCCCAAACGAUGAAACACUCAACGUCAUUGUCAGUGUGAAAACCUUAUGCCAGGAAUUGUUGGAGCAGGUGUGUGAUCUGCUACGACUGAAGGACUGUCACCUAUUUGGGCUCAGCGUUGUUCAGAAUAAUGAGCACAUCUAUAUGGAACUGGGACAAAAGCUGUCCAAAUACUGCCCAAAGGAGUGGAAACGAGAAGCCAGCAAGGGAAUUGAUCAGUUUGGGCCUCCGAUGAUUGUGCACUUCAGAGCUCAAUACUAUGUGGAGAAUGGCAGAAUUAUCAGUGAUCGUAUGGCAAGGUAUUAUUAUUACUGGCACUUGAGGAAGCAAGUGCUGCAGUCCCAAUGUGUCCAGCGGGAGGAGGCCUAUUUCUUGCUAGCUGCUUUUGCUCUUCAGGCUGACCUGGGAAACUACAAACGGAACAAACACUUUAGCUCCUACUUCCAGCCUGAGUCCUACUUUCCUUCCUGGGUGAUCACUAAGAGGGGGAGAGACUACAUUCUGCGGCAUAUUCCCAACAUGCAUAAGGAACAGUUUGCUCUCACCGCAUCAGAGGCUCAGUUGAGAUACAUAAAACAAGCAGCACUCCUAGAUGACGUCACUGUCCACUACUACUGCCUCUAUAAGGAUAAGAAAGAAGUGGAGGCAUCUUUAACACUGGGGCUUACGCUGCGUGGUAUCCAGAUCUUUCAGAAUGUUGGCAGUGUUCGGCAGCUUCUGUAUGAUUUCCCCUGGACCAAUGUGGGCAAACUUGUAUUUGUGGGGAAGAGGUUUGAGAUCUUGCCCGACGGCUUGCCCUCUGCCAGAAAGCUAACUUAUUACACUGGCUGUCCGCUGCGUUCCCGCCAUCUCCUACAGUUGCUUAGCAACAGCCACCGCCUUUACAUGAACCUUCAGCCUGUGCUUAAGCAAGUCCGACGCCUGGAGGAGAACGAAGAGAAGAAGCAGUACCGGGAGUCAUAUAUAAGUGAUGCACUGGAGUUGGACAUGGAGCAGCUGGAGCAGCGAUCUCGUGCCAGUGGCAGCAGCAUGGGCAGUGUUUCACGCCAAAAACGUUUCUCUCGUCACUCCACAACCAGCCACAGCAGCUCGCACACGUCAGGCAUCGAAACUGACAGCUUCCGUACACCAGCACACACCCCACACCGGCCACUCCGCUCACACUCCUCCUCCAACACCAGCCAUGCCAGCACACACACCUCCGGCAUUGAGAGCAGCGGCAAGGAGAGAGGCCUGGAUGAUGAUGAGAUUGAGAUGUUGGUUGAUGACCCUAAAGACUAUGAAGAACUCACUGAUUUAGCAUUGGAGCUCAGUCAAGACCUCUGCAUUCACAUCACUGAGGACAUGCUAACAUCGGCACAAAGCAAUGGCUAUUCGGGCUUAGUUGUGAAGGAAGUAAGCUCAUCAACAUCGAGUUCGUCUGAGACCGUGGUGAAGAUGAAAGGCCAAAGCAUUGAAUCACUCCCUCAGAUGGUGUCUGGCAGGAAGUCUCAGAACUCCACAGACCGGCACAGCCAAUCACUGGAUGAUGUCCGUCUGUACCAGAGGAAUUCCCCGGAGUGGGUGGAGCCAUGUCAGGACUCCGCCCACAGUUACACAUUUGGUUGUGUGGAGGAGCUUAGCAAUGGUUACCAGGGAGUUGUGGAACAGCGGGCUGGUAUCUGUGAUGACCAACACCCUUUUCCCAUCAAAAGAACCAACAAGUACUUCUCCCUAGACCUGACCGCAGAGGAGGUGCCUGAGUUUGUGGUGUGAAGUGGGGAGGAUAAUCAAAAGAAAGAAAAAAAAUUUAAAAACAUGACUGAGGACAUUUAUUGUUGUGUGUGCAUGGAUGCAUGUGUGCGUGUGUGUGUUCAUGCGUGCAUGUGUGUGUGCAUGCUUGUGUAUAUGAGAAAGAGAGUGUAAGGAUCAUAAUGUAAAGAAGCUGCUGAACUUCGGACAAGAAAGGGAAACUGCAUCAGUCUGUCUCAGCUGCUUUAGCAAAACAUAAACUCCUCUACUUGUUUGUGUGUGUGUGUGUGUGUGUGUGUGUGUGUGUGUGUGUGUGUGUGUGUGUGUGUGUGUGUGUGUAGAAGUUUCAUUUCAUGUUCAUUGUGUUGGGCUUUUCUAGGACACACAUUUUGUUUUUACUCUAUGACACUAGAAGCACAGUACGAGUCUGUGAGUGUAUUAGUGUCUUUCUGUGAGUGCUUAUGUGUUUUUGAUCAUGCUAUAUGAGCUAUUAACCAAAGAUGAGCAGUCCUCAGUGUUCAAUAAGCAACUGAACAUACAAGCCAUAUCAUAAUACAUAAUGGGCAGAAAUGGUACUAGUAUGUAUUUACAUUACCAAGCAACGUUUAGACACAUUAGAUGCAUAUUUUUGAUUGUCUUAAAAAUAAUAUGAAUAAUGCUUAUGGUUAAAUCUGGUUUCUAAGACAAAUGUAAAUAGUGUUUUAAAAAAAGUUAAUGCCCUUGUAUGCUUCUAUUUGUGAAUCAGAAUAUAUAUAUUUUAGUAAGUUUUUUUGUUUGUUUGUUUCUUUGGGGUAAACCCUUUCCCCAAACAAGUAGUUUUCAUUUAGAAUAUUGAAAAGGCAACCAACAAGUGCUUGGCUUAUCUGGGAAUGUUAUACCUCCUGGGUGAAGCUUAUACAUGAUUAAACUGGUUAAGAAGAUGCCAAGAGUGUGCAAAACAUUAUCAGGAAUACUGUUACAUUUUUUUUUAUAUAGUUUUGAUUUGUUUUCUGGCCAUUGCAUAAUUCCAUAGGUGUUAUUAGAUAAUCAUUAACAUAGUUUUAUAUUGUAAAAACUAUGUUAUGGUGUCCAAACUGUUGACAGGUGUGUGUGUGUGUGUGUGUGUGUGUGUGUGUGUGUGUGUGUGUGUGUGUGUGUGUGUGAUGUGUCUGUAAUGUAUGUAUUGUGGUGCUGGCUGCUCUAAUUGAACCAGCUGUGCCUUUGUUACACUAUGCAAGUUUGAGACCCUGUUACAGGGAGUAUCCCAAGUCUCUCAUCUGUGCACCAAGUACCCCUAUGCCAAGGAAACGGUUACUGUCUGGGUGGUCACUCUCAGUGACGCUUGAGCAGUUUCUGCUCUAAUGUUCAACCAAACCAAGUUGUGGUGCGUUGCACAGAUGCAAUCAUAAUUUUGUCUUCUUUAAUCCUCUCCAAAAUAACCAAACCACAGGUUUCUUGUGUUUUAUACCUGAAAGGGCAGAAUAUUGAUGUUAUACAUAUAGAAUAAAAAACUGGUGGAGUCCUCCAACAACAAACAUGGCACACCAUAAAUUGGUGUUUACACUGACCAAAGCUGUAAAGUGGAAAAGUAUGGGGAUGGAAAAAUGGCCAGAGCUGGAGUUCUAUGAACAGUGGUGUUAGAGUGGGACGGAUCAUUAAAAAAAGCCAAAUUGGGGUUUUCCAAGACGUUGCAGCCCAUGUAUAAACCCACCAUCCAGACCGCUCCUGCUAAUCUAUAUUUACCAUAAGACCAUAUGCUUUAUGUUUGUCUUUUUUGCUAAGUGUUGGUGAUGUGUCUUGAAUUAUUUUUGUAAACUGGAACUUUUUAUUUUCUAAGUAUUUUGUUAUACUGUUGUUGUCAUAAAAGUGGGAGCCAUGUCUUUUUGUUACGUUUUUGUUUGCAACGUGUGUCAGUAUUACUCUUGAAUGGAGGUCAGUAUUAGAAAUCCCUGUUCUCCCACUUUAACCAGUGUGCUUGUGUGUAUGUGUUUAUUCUCAGUAUGAAAUUAUUCAGUAACCUAUAAUCAGUAACAUAUCAAUAACUAAUGAAGAUUUUUAUAUGCUUCAGAUGAACUUGUGAGAUAUCAAAUGUCAAUGUCAAACUUAAAGCUGCAUUGUGGUCCAUCCUGUGUGCUCAGAAAAAAAAACAAAAAAAAACCUGGAUUUCUUUCACAGUUUCUCUUUUCUGGGUCAUCAGCAGCACGUUUAAAUUGUCUCAUGCAUGUGGGUAGCUAUUCCGGUCCAUGUGCAGUCUUUUCCAUCAUAUUGCACCAUGGUCAUUUCCUUCAGACUUGCAAUCGCAUUAAUAUUUCACAUUACUAAAGAGUAAUUAUACAUGUCUCCCUCUUUGUAUUUCUGACAACUAACAGUUGUUAACACAGCAAUCAAUAUUGUAAAUGUUUUGAUAAUAUAUAUGGUCAUAUUAUUUAGUUACUAAAACUGCAGUUUGACAGUUAUGUGAAAUGGAACAAAAACAUCUCAAACUCAUUCGUCAUUUUAGAAGCAAACAUUGGACUGAAACAGGCUUACCAAUAAUGUCCACCUUUAUUCCAAACCCUUUUAAUUUGUCUGUCUGCAGUUAUUAAAGUCCUUUCUAUGAAAGGAAAUGCCCUAAAAAUGUUAUUUUUCACCUUCUUUUUGUAAACCCUGUUAACUGAUGCUUAUGUUCCCGUAAUGAAGUGUGGUGCGUGUCUUGCAGGUACUGAUGUCCUCUCAUGUACGCAAUAAAAGGUACCUUUGCAAGAAA